ACUUUCCUUUUCAGUGUCUUCACUCACUCCCCGUACUCCUCACUCCUCACUCUACUGCUCAUCUCAGUCCCAACUCCCCCCGCCGGCCGCCUUCCUCCGCCAUGAAACCGCUGCCGCCGCCUGCAUUUCUCGCCGGAGUCUUCUGUCUCCUCCUCUUCCUCCAAUCAAGCAGCUCUGCCGCCGCCGCGACGACCGCCGCCCCUUCUACCCACCACGUCUCCCCCACCGCCUCCCCAGCAAACCGCUCCGCCCCCACCCCCACCGCCUCCCCGGCGGCCCCAUCCCCCACCGCCGCGCCCACCACCCCCGCCAGCUCCUCCUCCUCCACCCUCGACCCCAAGCAGCUCACCGCUCUCCAGUCGCUCAACAUACCCACCUCCCGGGACCCCUGCACAAAGCAGCCGGGAACCGCCACCUGCGACGCCGGCAAGCCCUUCCGCCACCUGGUCUCCCUACGCCUCGCCAACUGCUCCGCCGACUCGGUGGCCCUCUCCUUCACCGCCCUCAAGGCCCUCUCCACCCUCCAGUCCCUCUCCUUCUUCAACUGCCCUGUCUCCGCCGUUCGCUUCCCCUCUGAUCUCGCCCUCAACCUCCGCUCAUUCUCCGCCGUCCGCUCCCUCCACCACCUCACCGGAAUCUGGCUCUCCCGCCUCGUCAACGUCACGGACCUCACCGUCUCCGACGUCCCCGUCAAUGCCUCCGGCCCUUACGUUAUCCUCGGAAACCUCAAGUACCUCAAGUCCAUCACUGUCUCUCGCGCAAACCUCACCGGAAACCUCCCGAAACACUGGCAGUCAAACCUCACCCACAUCGAUUUCUCCGGCAAUCAGCUCAAGGGGAGGAUCCCCAAUUCCAUAACUCUGCUCGAGAACCUCCAGAGCUUGAAUCUCUCCUCGAAUCAGCUCAACGGAGAGAUCCCCACCGAAAUCGGGGACCUGAUCAGGCUAAAGAACUUAACUUUGAGCUCCAAUUCUCUGUCGGGAUCCGUCCCGGAGUCAAUGUCUGCGAUUCCCGGGCUAGUCUCGGUCGAUCUGAGCUCGAACCAGCUCAACGGGACCUUGCCGAGGUUCUUCUCCGGGAUGAAGAACCUCAAGUACUUAAACCUCGCGGGCAACAACUUCCACGGCGUGAUGCCCUUCAACGAAUCCUUCAUCAAGAAACUGACUGUUUUCAAGAUCGGGGAGAACUCCAACCUCUGCUACAACCACUCGACUUUCCCCUCGAAGAUGAAGCUCGGGAUCGCCCCAUGCGACAAGCACGGUCUGCCCGUGUCACCUCCGCCGGCAAAGGGCGACUCCACUGCCGAUGACGACACUUCGGAUUACAACGACGACAGUGGAGAUUCGAGCAGCAAGAGCGAGCAUCAUCACGGGCCUAGUAAGUUUGUUCUCGGAGUGGCAAUUGCUCUUGCUUCCAUAGUGUUCCUAAUCGUGUUCUUGGUACUCCUCUCAAAAUGCUGUAAAUGAUUAAUCCAUCGAUACCGAACCUUCCGUUGGGUUGUAGAGUAGGAAACAAUUGGUGAAUUUGUGGAGAAUUCUUCUUUCGAUUGGUUCGAUUUGUUAAAAUUAAUUACGUUACAUACAUAACUUUGGUUGGUAAAUUGAGAAGACAAAAUUACGGGCAGGAGACAGAAGUUCAUGUAGUUUUUGCUGUUCUUUGGUAUUUGCUUGUCUGAAAAAGUUGCAGUAAUUUAAGUUUUCUUGUAAAUUUGGAAGUUGUUUGUGGUCUGUCAUUAUAGUUUUAUAAGCUGGCAUUACUGCAAACUGAGAAGUGGUUGAUGGAAAAUUCAUAAGGUUACAAUUAUGAAUUCAAUUAUUUGUGCUUUCGGUAUAUAAUACGCCUAAAGUUUCCGACA